CUGGUUGUGAAUGGCGAGAGCUAGCAGGGGCGACGUCAAACUCAGAGUCGCUGCGAGACCCGGGCUGUCUGCCCCUUCUUCGGAUGCGGCCUCUGCGAACGGCUGUCAUCUGCAUGGGUUAAGAGGACUCACAUUGGGUUAAAUUGAACGUCAACUUAUUUCAUUCAAAUGGAUACGGAACGCACAUCUCUUUUGGGGAAGAGUCGAGCUACUGGCUCCUCCCAGGCUAAUUUGGUCCGACAGUCAUCUGGCCUACAAUGGGAUCCUGUGCGAGGCAGAAAAGCGGCUACUUUUGUCCUCCUAGCGCUAACUUUAGAACGAUUGGCGUAUUAUGCUUUGCUAGCUAAUCUCUUGGUGUUCCUAAUUCUUGGAGGCAACACUCCCAAGGAGGCCAUGACUGCUGUUCUCGUUGUUGGAGCAAUAGCUCAUUUUUCUGCUCUUGGAGGAGGCUGGCUUUCUGAUGGUGCCUUAGGUCGAUAUUGGACCCUAAUUUUGGGCCUAUCACUUUACGUGGUGGGUUUUGCCAUGCUGACAGCAGUAGCAGGGGGUAUCCUUUGGUCAAAUACUCAUGCCUCUCUGCCUCAACUGUACAUUAUAUUCACCUGCAUUGGCAUUGCUGCUGGGACUGUUCGAGCCAAUUUUCCAUCAUUUGGGGCUGAACAAGUGCGGCAUGGUGGUGGUGAAACAGUCCGCAAAUUUUUCAACUGGUAUUACUGGUGUGUCAACUCUGGAUCACUUUUAGGGGUGGGGCUCUUAUCACUAGUGGCCCAAGAGCCCGCAACCAUUGCAGGAGGGUUUUUGGCUGCUUGGGGAGGCGCUGGCGCUGGAGUGACACUUGCUUUGGUUCUGCUAGCGGCUGGAAAGCCUUACUACACCAUUUACAGGCCUGGCAGCUCGCCGCUCCUUUCAACCCUAAGGAUUCUGCAUCAAGGUGUUAAAGGCCGCUGGAAUCUGCGAAAAUCUAAUACUCAUAGCUCACCUGUUGUUUCAAACCAAUCCAACCCGUUGUCAGCUACAGCUCCCUCAUGGCUAGAUUAUGCCAAAAUGCGGUAUGGUGGAUCCCACCGUGAUUCUACUGUAGAGGAUGUGAAAAAGCUAGGUUCUGUGUUAAUACUUCUACUGUUACUCCUACCUUACUGGCUGGUGUUUUUUCAGAUUGAAACUGGCUUCCAAGAGCAAGGGGUCCAUUUAAAAAUCGGACUGGCUCCUAAAAACACAUUUAAUAUCCCCACUUCAUGGCUGAGUCUCUUUGACCAGUUGUUUAUUUUGGGUCUUAUUCCUUUCCUCAAUGGGGUUGUAUAUCCUGCCUUGGAUCGGAGAGGUGUACGAGUUACACUCUUUGGCCGCAUUGCUGUCGGAAUGGCCUUAAGUCUCCUUGCUGCUGUAUCAGCAGGUUUACUUGAAACAGUAUCCAUGCAACGCUGGAAUAGUGGACAUCACAUUGAGCAAAUUAUUCAUAAUCGGACAUACAAUGCAAGUGAUGUGUCAGUUCUGUGGCAAGUUCCUCAGUACUGCUUAGUAGGGAUGGCAGAAGUCUUUGCUGGAGUUGCAGGGUUGGAGUAUGUAUACUCAACAGCCCCAAAACCUCUGCAGGCUGUAGCUAUGGGUUUAUUAUCAGCAGUGGAGGGCUUGGGUUCAUUGCUAGGCACAGGCCUCAUAGGUGCUCUCAGUCCUGCGUGGAUACCUCAAGAUAAGGAUCAUUUCCAGGGCCAUUUGGAUUAUUACUUCUUUCUACUUGCUGGCAUUCAGGGUGUUACCCUUGUGGGAUUUAGUAUCUCAUUAUUCUUGAAGUGCUGUUUUAGUUCAGGAAAUGCCUCUCAAUCAGAUGUUUCUAGGAUAUCAAAUGUUUCACAUACACCCAACUCAACAAGCUCCACCCCCACUGUCACCAGUAGCACAAAUACUGCAAUAUCUAUUUAGCUGGUUCCCUAGUGUGUUGUCAUUUUUAGUUCAAUUAGUCAGUCAUGAGCAAUUUCUUAUUUUGGAAUUAUUUUUUUAAUCUCAUGUUUAUGAUCUGUGACUACCAGAAGACUGUUUUAAUCUUAUUCUGAGAUGUACGUAUGAUCAUUUUUUUUUUAACUUGUGCACAUUCCAUGGACAUUUACUGCUUUGCUAAGAUGAAGAUAUUUUUAUGAACAUUUUGAUAAUUUAUUAUGAACUGCUGUCAUUUGAUGUAUUUUUCCAUUGUCUUCUUUGAUGUUUAAUGCUCAAUGGCUGUGAGAAGACUUAGGUACAUUGUGCUCAGUCUGAUUUUGAGAUAAUUCUGCACAAGGUUUCCAGACUGUGAUAUUGUUUUCUAUUCUAUUUGUCUCAUUUAAUGAAUUAUUAAGGUAUAAGAUUUCUCAAUCAAAACAGUCAACACUAAGUCAAACAAUUAGUUGUUAUAGUUUAUUUUCGAAUUCAUGUUAGUAUUUACUAAGUUAUAAGGAAAAGGUUCAAUAACAGUUUGUAAAUGUACGAAUUGUACUGAUUUGAAAACAGUAGGUGCUUUGUAGUAGUACUACGUAAGCUCCUCCCAACUAUAUUUUGUGAGUAUAUAAUUGUUACAAUUAGCUGGCCCCCAGGUAAUACAAUACCAUGAGUUUAGUUAAUGAUUUGUGGUUCAUAGUUUGGUUGGAUAGCGGCAUCUAUGCUUUUCGCAUACAUGUCCAGGCGCUGCGUCAUCUGUAAAAAUAAUUCGUGAGUGCAGUAAUAAUUUAUCAGGAAAA